AUGGUGACCGAACGCAAAGUACUGAAAGGUGACGACAGCAGUGGAGGCGAUGCGGCGAGGCGCACCCGCGCCACUUCAUGUGAGACGAUUGCACCUGCUGAAACCGCGCCCCAUGCCACUAAAGGGCAGAACCACUGCCUUCUUCAGGUGGAGAUCCCUUCGUCAUCCGCGAGCGCGCCGGCCACCGUCGAAGAGGUCGUUGUUUCUCCCGUGAGGCUCAGCGACACGGUUACGCCGCAGAAGCCGCCGCAGCACUACACCGCCGCCUCCACGGCAGACAGCAAAGUGCUCUUUGCCGAGGACGAAGACGAGGAGGGAGAGGACGAGGGGAGGCAGCCGUGGUGUCCCAACCGCCUCAGCGCGGCCAGUGGUGACCCGCAGCGGCUGGGGCGUGCUGAGGAGAUGGAGCAUGUGCUUGGGGAGCUGUCGGAAAGCUCCUCGAUCACCUCUGCUCGUCCGCAAGCGCCGCGGCGCUCUUUGGAUACGCGCGGCGGCCGCGACGACCGUGUGCCACACGCCAGAUGCGCUCCGACGGAGAGCGACAAGGAUGUGCGGUGUAGGUCGCUUGACGCGAACCACACUGACACCACCACCGCCAGAGGCGCCAAAGCCGUGCUCGGCGGCGAGGGUGACGAGAAGGAGAGGCGGCGAACGUGCGUCACGUGUACGACGCCGUCCUUGAAGGCCACUUGUCCAGACUUGGUCGAGGGCAGUGUCACUCCGGUGCUCGAGGGCCGCGCAUGGUGCGCGGCAGGGGCAACCGCGACGCUUACGGAAACGCUCGCGGUGCAAGACUUGUCCCUCCUCCCCGACGAGAGUGGGGGUGGUGCCACCCUUGACGUUGGUGGUGUCGGGAACGGCGACGGCUGUGUGUACACGCCACUGCCGUCUUCGGCUACAGGUCAGCACACGCCCUACUCGUCGAUCGCGAACGCGGGGGCGUCUGCUCGGCUGCGUGGCGACACACCUGGGGUGGCAGCGGCAGAGGAAGUGCUGCUGGGUGAAGGGGUUGUAUCCCCCCCAGUAAAGCGGAUCACGGCUACCCCACAGCAAGCGGCCCACGGUGUGCAUGUGGCAGCAACGGACGUCACCGAGACCCGUACCGGAGCCGGAGAAACCGGGACUGGGCCGUCUCAAGUUCACGGAAAGGUGUUGACCAUGGGUGGCUCGAGCUCAUCGACGACGUUCUUGUCUACCCCGUCUUCCGCUACGCUGUGCGUUGUGACCGGUGGCGGCAAGUCGAGCGGCUUCGGACAGAACAUGAAUACGCCCGCAUCACACUCUUCGGCGGACGGCGCCGUCUCCAUGACCGAAGAACAGCUGCCGCCGCCGCCGCGCGUAUCUCUAACCCCGUCAUCACCGUCGCUUCCCCCUAGCUCUCUCCCGUCUACGCUUGACGACGGGCUCUGGAAGGAGAGUGCAAGGCCCGCGCAGGCGGACGUGAUGGACGCCGAUGCCGUGACCCCAGACCGGCAGGACGUCAGUGGUGACGCUCCUGCUCCCCUUGCUCCGUCGGUCGCUGUUGCACAGCAAGAGACGGUGCCGAUCGACCCAUUUCUGAGCACACCGCCACAGUUCAAGGGAGGAUCUCCUGUGAUAGAAAAGGCCACCGGCGGCGGUGGCGCGCGUGUGCGCCGUUCGCCAGAGCUCUCGGGCCGCGAAGAUGCCGGAAAAGGCGGCCACUCCUCUGCUGUCUUUGACUUUCCGACUCGCACUCCGCCCCGCUCGGCGAAGAAGUCUACGAUGUGUUUCACAUCCACGAUUACCGGCGCGGACGUGGACGUGCGGGUUUUGCGGGUUGGCACGCGGGUGGAGGGCCGCUGGGGACGACAGUGGCUUCCGGCGGUGAUCAGCGAAGCUCCGCGGAACGGCUUUGUGCAGGUCGAGUGGGAGGAAGACGGCUCACGGCUCCACUUGCGACUCCGCGAGGUGCGACUGUUGCCUGGCGCCGCAGCUGCGAAGAGGGCAGGUGCCGUGUCCGCGAUCCAUGAUGCCGAUCGGUGCGCUGGGUCCGUAAGUGGUGGGACGACGGCGAUGGAAGGCGAGCAUGGCGUGCUGACUGCGACCCAGCUUGUGGCACUGAUGGAAGAGGAGGACGCCCAGGACAGCCGACACCAGCCGGAGCCGCUGCACAUCCGUCCCUCCGCUUCACACAGGGAGACGUCGUCGCCCAUGACGACAUCUGUGGGCACGCAAGUGGAUAGGGGCAGAGUGGAAGGCGGCGAGGGGGCCGAGGAGGAUGUAGUGGUGCGUCCGCUUGGUGUUGGUCACGCGUGUGGGACGGCCGGACGUGGUGCAUAUGCUGUGAACUCGGACAGUGACGCUCACUCGGAUCGCACAAGCAGCGCGGCGUCCUCCGCUGACACCGCCAACACCCGAUCGCUGUCACGGUCUCCUGUGCCGACGUACGCGGUACUAGGUGUGCCGCCAUGCGAGGUGCACCCCUCGUCCCUUUGUAUCUUUCUCCCACAAACGGUGCGGCGCGACCUCCUGCAGGGCGAGGGCCCUCCACCUGCAUCGGCCUUCUCUUCGUCCUCAUCUUUUCACUACCACGCGGGCCCGGCGACAGAGCUGCAGCGCCGCACCGAGCUUCAGCGUAUCUUGCACUUUUUGACCAGCGCCGGGACGGUUGUGAUCGAAUCCGUGGCACAGGCGGACAACAUGGCCGUCCAGCUCGGCGACAGUGGCAACGUGAAGGGAACCCCCUUCACCAGCCACCUGUCCUCGCUGGCAGCGCACCAGCUCCCCAGCGCCGACUCGUCGCCAAUGCAAGGGGCAAAGACGAAGGCGGUUGCCGGAGGUGGCGGAAAGCGGAGGACGGCGGGGCGCGUGUCGCUGCCUCGCCGGAGCAUGGCGUCUGCCGUCAUUGCUGCUUCCCAUGCGCAGCGUUCGCCACCAAAGCACUUCGUCUUUCUCGUCUCUUCUACGACCGCUCUUGUGGGCGGCAGCGCUGAGGCGUCUGAGAAUCUGGACGAGCAGCAGGAUGUGUUGCCCGUCGUGUGCUUGGCGCAUGCAUUGGGCGUCUCAGCGAUCCACGCCUCGUGGCUGUGGAGCAUUGCUCCCGGCAACGCACGAGUGAAGCUGCCCACGCCGGCGGACCAAGUCGAGCUUUCGCCAAGCGCUGCUCCAGAGGCAUGGGGUGCGUGGAAGACCACUCGUGCCGGCGCUCCAUCGACGAAGGCGGCGCCACUACCGCUGCGCUUCGCACCGCUUGCAGUGAAGGACCGCUGGCUCAGCGCCAAAGACGUUGUCUUCGUCGCGCGAGAUGACCGAAUGGAGAUGUGGCUCAACGCCGCCGGGGCGACCGUCACGGCAGAGUCGGCGCCGUCGCCGCCCUCUCACGCCGCUCGCCAGAGUUUGCCACGGGGCAGCAGCCGACCUUCAACCUCCGUUGCAGGUGCUCUGGUUGGGCGCAGCUUCGGCAGCGCACUUCCUCGGUGCCGGUCCGAGUCCCCUUCGCGUUCACAGCGGCUCCAGCAGCUGCGCGCGGAGCGGACGCCGGACUUCGUUUACGUACCCGAUGAUGUGACCGUGCCGCUGGACUUGGAUCGUUUGGGCAGCGUCCCAGUGCUCAACGCCUCGUGGCUGGCCGACGGCAUCGAGCAGCAUUACCGCCAUUGCUGCGACCCAACCUCGUCAGCGGAGCCGCUGCUGCCACCACCGCCGUUGCUGGCCUCCGUGUGGCGGACAAUUCUCCACGCGAAGCCUCCGAAGGAGAGCCAUACCAGGCGCUUCAACACGCCAUCCCAACUAGGCCGUGCGCACUCUUCUCCGUCAUCUCCGUCACUGAAGUCGGCGGUGAACGAUGAGGAGGAGUGCAGCGGCUUAGAAGGCGCGCAUAGUCGCAAGGCAGCCGCCGCGUCGACCCUUGGGAACGAGAGGGACUGCCCGAGUCAGUAUGGGAGUGACGCGGUGCGUCCAGAGUCGGUGCCCCCGCUUACAAACGACAGGGACGAGAGUGGCGAUGGUGCGGCGCCAUCUGCCUUCCCGCCAAGCGCGAAGGGCGGCGACACGGACGAGGGUGUCGGUGACCCUGUUGGCGCGCUAAGGAGGAGCGUCAACGAGGAGGAGGACGCGCUGACGAUGUGCAUCAGCUGCGGUGACGCGCAGGAGCCGCUUCCGCGUGAGACAGAGGACUUUGUCAGCGCAGGUGGCCCCGACGGCUCUGCUGCGGAGCGUUGCAACGCUGAAGCGGAGGUAGACAUCAUUCCGAGACUGGCCGGCGCCACCGGAGCGACUGCAGCGGUUCUGUCAGAUGCAGUGGUCUCCACUGAGCCCUCUGCGUGCACCUCUCAUCCGACUAUCGUCAUUGGGGAGGACUAUUACUUCACCCUGUCUGCACCCCAGCCUCCACCUUCACUCUCGCUGCCCCCUCAUGGUCCGUCACACUCCCACGGCUUCCCUCCUGCGUUGCCGACUGCGACAAUUGUGCUGGGCCAAGUCGUGGACUUGCAAGUUGACGCGCCACCGUCGCCGCUGCUGCGCCAGGGCCUCUGUGCGGACGGUGCCGCUUCACCGUUGACCUUCUCACAACCGCAGUGUCGGUGCCGCGUGACGCUGCAGCUGUACGAGCCCAAGUACAUCUCCAUGUACGUUGACCCCCGCUCUGGAGAGGUGGUGCAUCAGACCACCGUUUAUCUUGCCCGUCGCUGGGCCACUGUCCCGGGCACGUCGCUGCUCUACGACACACCCGUAUACGUGAUCACAACGGCCGCACGGCCGCACGUCUACUUUCUGGACGGGGUGGAGAGCGAGGUGACGACGAGGGGCAUGAGCGACACCGCGUACCGCUCCAGUCUGCGGCAGCAGUCGGUCCUCGGCGCCGUCUCGACGCCGCCGGCCUCAGACUUACCCCACGGUGCGGCCAAGGCGACGACGGACGGCACCCUCUCUCCGCAUUUCCAUGGCCGGCGCUCACUGUCGAAAGUAGCCAUGACAUCUUCAUCGCCAGCUCCGACGUGUCCGAUAACCAGAGGGUGUCUCCCGACACCACCGGCACCGUUCUCUCUCACUCAGAGCAUCGCGAACGGGCGCCCCCGUCGGGAUGCACUUGCUCCGUCGAGGCCAUCUGAGGGACCGGCGCGAGACGGCAGCGGUGGCGGCGUUGACGAGCGACGACGGCCCGAUUGA